CACACACAAACACAUUCACCACGUGCCUGCCUGUCUGUCUGGCUGUCUGUUUGCGGACGCUUAAGAAGAGGAGAGGGGACCACCAUCCACCAACGCCACUGCUGAAGCUUACAUCUGAAAAUUGCUACAAUGGACGCGGCAGAGUUUCGGCGCAGAGGGAAGGAGAUGGUGGACUAUGUGGCUGACUACCUGGAGAACAUAGAGCAGCGACCAGUCUACCCAGAUUUGGAACCAGGGUAUCUGCGCCCUUUGAUCCCAACUGAGGCCCCGGCAGAGCCUGAGACUUAUGAGGAGAUCAUGAAAGAUGUGGAGAGGGUCAUCAUGCCAGGGGUCACCCACUGGCACAGCCCGUACUUCUAUGCCUACUUUCCAGCUGCUUCCUCUUACCCUGCCAUGUUGGCCGACAUGCUGUGUACAGCCAUCGGCUGCAUUGGAUUCUCCUGGGCUGCCAGCCCGGCCUGUACAGAGCUGGAGACAGUGAUGUUGGACUGGCUGGGGAAGAUGCUGCAGCUGCCUGAGCAUUUUAUAGCUGGGACUCAUGGUCAUGGAGGAGGUGUCAUCCAGGGCACAGCCAGUGAGGCAACCCUGAUGUCAUUGCUUGCUGCUCGCUGUAAAGCAGUCCGACGGGUGCAGGCCUCCAACUCUGAACUACCUGAGGCUGAAAUCUUCUCCAAAUUGGUGGCAUACACCUCUGAGCAAGCUCACUCCUCAGUAGAGCGUGCUGCUCUGAUUGGAGGAGUGAUGAUGAGGAAGGUUCCCACUGACAACAGCUAUGCUGUCGGAGGUGACAUGCUGAGGAAGAUGGUGGAGGAGGACAAAGCAGCCGGACUCAUCCCUUUCUAUUUUUGUGCGACUCUUGGCACCACUCCAUCGUGCGCUUUUGAUCACAUCACCGAGCUGGGGCCCUUAUGUAACAAGGAAAAUAUGUGGAUGCAUAUUGAUGCAGCAUAUGCUGGCAGUGCAUUUAUCUGUCCUGAAUUUAGGCCUUUGCUGAAUGGCGUCGAGUAUGCAGACUCCUUCAACUUCAACCCACACAAAUGGCUUUUAGUUAACUUUGACUGCUCUGCAAUGUGGGUGAAGAAGAGAGCAGACAUUAUUGGAGCCUUCAAGUUCGAACCGCUCUACCUCAAACAUGAAAACCAGGAGUCAGGGCUGGUCACAGAUUACAGGCACUGGCAGAUUCCGCUGGGAAGACGAUUUCGCUCGCUGAAGUUGUGGUUCGUCUUCCGCAUGUAUGGGCUCAGCGGGCUGCAGGCUCAUAUACGCAAGCAAGUGGGCCUGGCCAAGGAGUUUGAGAGUCUGGUACGAGCAGACAAGAGGUUUGAGGUCUGUGCCGAGGUCAUCAUGGGACUGGUCUGCUUCAGGCUGAAGGGCUCCAAUGAGCUGAACCAGGACUUGCUGAAAAGGAUCACCAACAGCAGAGAGAUCCACCUCGUGCCUUGCCAGCUCUCCGGCCGCUUCGUCCUGCGCUUCGCCGUCUGCGCUCGCACCACAGAGUCACGUCACAUCCAACAAGCAUGGCGCCACAUCACACAGCUGACCUUUGAGCUACUGCAGGAGCCCAAUCAUUGACCAAAAGGCCACUCUGAUGCCGAAAUGAGGACCAAAGUUUGGGGGAAAAAAGCUUCGUGUUGCAGAUGUAAAAUGUCAUAAAGGGAAUGAACAGUGAUUUAGCAGCUCACUUAAUGAUCAGGUGUGUUACUGUCUGCAGCCAUUUUAUUCAGUCUAGUAAGCAAUGGUCAUUGUUUUGUUGAUUUUUUUUAAAUUUUGCAAAUCAGUGUAAAUGAAAACAGCUUUUGCGUCGAUGAAAUGUGCAUAAGAGGAAAGAACGCAAGGUUCCAGAUAUUGCAUUUUCUAUCUGCAACUUCUCCCUCCAUUAACUUUUAUCUCUCACUGUUUAAUGAGUAUUUUAUUGUCCUCCUCAUAAUGCACUCCUCCCCACGCAGCCCUGUCUUCACUGCCUAUGCCGCUUCUGUGUCUUCUAUGUGUAAACUGUUGUUCGGGCUGAAUUCUCUGAGUUCCAUGAUGAAUGUAUUGCACAUUGUGUGUGUGUGUGUGUGUGUGUGUGCGUGUGUGUGUGUGUGUGUGUGUGUGCGUAAACUGAUUUUUGAGUCCAUGUGUGUCUGCAAUUUUCUGUAGGCGCUCAAACAGAAAAAGCUUUUUUAUGUCUAUGUUUGUGAGAGGCUUUAAUAAAAGGAAAUGAACUGGUUGAGACAGAUAAAUUCAUAGUUUGGCUAUAUAUUGUAUGGAAAGCUUCAUGAAUGCACGUGAGGCAAAAAAAAAACAAACCCUUUUUUAAGUGCAUUCAUUUAUUUCUGACCUCAUUAGCAAAACUUGAUUUGUCUAAUAUAUACUGAAAGAGAAUUGCCUAUCAUUGUUUACAAUUUCUUUCUUUUCUUUUUUUUUUUCAAACCAGAAUUUUUUUUAAUCAUAUAGUCUUUUGCACAGAUGGUCAGUAUCCCCUAAAGCUGUAGCACGAGACAAUCGCUCCUCCACUGAGAUGAGAAUGACUCAUGUGAGUUUUGGGGCACACGGGAUGCAUAUUUGUCUCUUAUUACCAAUUUAUUUGUGACACAUUUGACAUAAUCAUCUUACACUGUGUUGUAUCUUUCUGUGUUCAGACCAAAAAUGAAUUAUCAAAAUGUUAAACUUUAAAAGAAUAGUGUAUGUAUGGACAACACAUAGAAUAUUCACUGUGAUUUUGUGCCUAUGGAGCCAGGGCUAUCAGAAGAACCACAUUACUGUCUCAUCGUAUUUGUUUGAAGAUUUCAGAUAAAUUCUGAACGGGACCAGUAUCCUUCCUUCUGUCCACAUCCACAGUUUAUCUUGUUGCUAUCAUUUGUAAAUUGGCGAGCCCUCACAUUUGUCUGCCAGGAGAAAUGUAAAUUUGUUAUGUAACCUCACAAAACCUUGUUGUUAAUUCAAAUGGUCAUGUCAAAGUUGGCUUAGCGAGAUGUUUUUUCUCUUUGGCUUGGCUGUGUGCUGCAUGCAAUGGUGUGGGUUUGUUUCAAUAAAAUUUACUGUAGUCUGCA